UAGGCGAGCAGCAGCAUGCUCUCACUCACUGACAGCGAGGGUAAACAGCGAUGAGAAAAAUAUUAGCAGCUGAACAGAAAUGCGCCAUGAAGGCAGCGGUGUGGUGGUAGUGUGGUCGUCCCGCAAUGAGCCGCCGACCUCCCGACCGGUGUGGAGCUGUGCGGGGUGUGAGGGCAGUCUGGAUCCUGGCUGUGAGCACCCUCAUCACCGCUCACACUGCCGGAGGAUCACCGCUGGUCCUGGAGCCACAGGUCUUUCUGGAAAAGUACGGCUACCUGCAUCAGGACAACCACCUCCACAAUGCAGCUGAGAUGCAGUCAGCUAUCUGCGAGUUCCAGUGGUUGUCCCGACUUCCUGUCACAGGUGAGCUUGAUGACGCCACCCUGAGGCAGAUGUCAGAGCCCCGCUGUGGGGUGUCGGAUGAGGGCAGCCAGCAGAUCUGGACUCAGAGGGUAAAUGCCAUCUUCACUGGAAAGGGACGACCACAGCGCCGCAGGAGGCGCUCUACUGGGCAAGCUGAGAAGUGGUACAAACGCCAUCUGACCUACCAGAUAGUGAACUGGCCUCACCACCUGUCUCCGGGCUCCGUGCGGCUGGCAGUGCGCGCUGCCUUCCAGCUGUGGAGCAACGUGUCAGGCCUGGUGUUCCAGGAGGCCCCUGACGGUCCCGCAGACAUCCGGCUGGCCUUUUAUGAGGGAGACCACAACGACGGGGCCAGCAAUGCCUUUGACGGGCCAGGAGGAACUCUGGCUCACGCCUUCCUGCCUCGCCGGGGGGAGGCCCACUUCGACAGGGCGGAGAGGUGGACACUAAACGGACACAAGGGACACAACCUGUUCAUGGUGACUGCUCACGAGAUCGGACACACUCUGGGACUGGAGCACUCCCCCGUCCGUCACGCCCUGAUGUCGCCGUACUACAGGAAGUUGGGCCGCAGCCUGGUGCUGAGCUGGGACGACAUCAUCGCAGUGCAGCAGCUGUACGGUAAGCCAUCAGGUGAUCGCCCUGUGAGGCUGCCAGGCCAGGUUUUACAUGCAGCUCUGCAGGAGUGGGAGUUCACUGAGCUUCGCAAUGGGCAUCAAACCACAGGGCAGCCUCUUUACUGCCAGGGCGUCUUUGAUGCCAUCACUAUAGACCAGAAUGGGACGGUGCUGGUGUUUCGGGGCAGUGUGUACUGGACAGUAGCGUCUGAAGGCGGCGUGAGCGGCCCGCUGCCUCUCCGUCAGCGCUGGUCUGACCUCCCUCCGGCCAUCGAAGCUGCUGCCUUCUCCCCGCUAGACUCCAAGUGGUAUUUCUUCAAAGGGAAGCGGAUGUGGCGCUACACCGGCAGUGUGCUGGACCCAGGCUUCCCCAGACAGAGCAGUGACCUGGGGCUGCCUCGCCACCCCGACUGUGCCUUCUAUUACGCCCCUCUGGGUCACAUGGUCAUCUUCAAGGGCUCCCGCUACUCUGUGCUUAACCUCAAAACCCUGCACCAAGAGCCCUAUUACCCCCGCAGGCUGACAGACUGGACUGGUGUGCCACAGGGGACCAAUGGGGCGCUGACCCGCCCCGACGGACGCCUCUACCUGUUCAGAGAACAGCGUUUCUGGAGAUUUGACCCAAUUAAGGUGCGAGUCACGAGAGAGGGCCAGUGGGUCAAGGAUCUGAGCUGGACUGGCUGCAGCAAUGGUCCUCAGAACAACAACAUCCUUUGACCAGCAGAGGGCGCUGUAAGCUUUAGAUAAGUGCAAUGUGUUGAUGUAUACUGUAAUACAAAGGUGCUAUAACGUUUUCAGCCUGAACCCACAUCGAGUUUAUAUGUUGCAAAAUGAGCCUAGCUCAACAAACUGAUGCCAUGAAGGGAUUCAAAAAUAAACCCAGUUGGUUUAUACGUUUUGAAGCACAUAUAAUAUUUAUACUGCAGAGCAAUGGCUAUUAGUUUAUAUGGAUGUGCUGUUAUAGCCUCGUUAAUACAGAUAAUGGUAGGACUGUGUACUCUUAAGUGAGCAGACCAAAAAUGUUUUUUUAAUGCUGUAUCUGUUUCUUUUCUCUUAUAAUAUUUGCACACUGAGAGAAGCUAUUUUGUUUUAUAAUUUCUUCACCAGUGUCACUAACAUAUGUAACAUAUAUGUAUAAAUAACUGUUACUAACAUUGUCCUGUUAUUGUGUGCUCCUUCCUAAGUGCUGCACUAGUAGAAGGCCUAAAUCAUCAUUACUAAGUACACAUUUCUGAUGUGUAGGUCCAACUGUUUGGACAAUAUGACUACAUUAUAAUGUGUAGGUAAGGUGGGUGAGUUGUGAAUCAUGAUGGCUGUUAUCACAAAGCUGACAGCCGUGUCGACAGUGUAAUGCAUUUGAAGAAACGGUUGCAGAGGGACAAUAAU